UCUCUCCUCCGCUCUAUGGUAGCCGCGGUCGGUUGUUGUUUCUUCCCCCCCCAUACUGACUCCUCUUUCCGGUGGGCUUCCGGGUGAAAGGUCGCGGACGUUGCCGUCAUGGCGACCUCCUCCGGCAACUUGAACGCCGUGAGGGAAACGAUGGAUGUGCUGAUGGAGAUCUCCCGCCUGCUCAACACCGGCCUGGACGCCGAGACGCUCUCCAUCUGCGUGCGGCUCUGCGAGCAGGGCAUCAACCCCGAGGCCUUGUCCGCCGUCAUCCGGGAGCUACGAAAGGCCUCCGAGGCUCUGAAGGCUGCUGACAAUAUGACAAAUUAAAUCUAGGAGAAGAUUUUUUUCCCCCACUGAGAUGAAGCUUCUGAGAAAUAGAAGAUUUCACCUUCAUUCGUAGAAGAUUUUUGUUUGAAGAUGUUGGUUAUUGGUUGUAUAAGUUUCUCAUGGAUGUAGAAAAUACAGUGCUUUUUAAAUACCUAUUAACCAAUAAUCUUUCAAAAUGCAUUUUGUAUCUUUAUAUGAUUUAAAAAUCUUGAAGUUAUGUAUUAACUCAGAAAUUUCUUUUAUUGUCCCAGUUGAAACAUGUGCCUCAUAUUUGAUAAUACGUUGACUGUAUCGUUCAGAUGUAGCCAAUGGACAUUAGAAGACAGAUAUCUGCAUGAAGGUGGUUCACUCUGGUGGAUUAAUUUUUAAAGGUUUAUUUCCUGUAUAUUUCCAAUUUGCUGGCCAUCAACAUAUUUAGCCUUCGAGUUAAGAAGGAAGUUUACAUGUUGCAGUUCCAAAAAUUGAACUAGAGUAAAACAGCAUCUUUUCAAUCAAUCAGAAUAGAGCUGGAAGGGACCUUGGAGGUCUUCUAAUCCAACCCCCUGCUCAAGCAGGAGACCCUAGACCAGUUCAGACAAGUGGCUGCCCAGUCUCUUCUUAAAAACCUCCAGUGAUGAAAUACCCACAAUUUCUGGAGGGAAGCCGUUCCACUGGUUAAUUGUCCUCACUGUUAGGAGUUUUUUCUUUAAUUCCAGGUUGCUUUUCUCCUCGAUUAGUUUCCAUCCAUUGUUUCUUGUCCUGCCCUCUGGUGCUUUGGAAAAUAAGUUGACCCCCUCUUCUUUGUGGCAGUCCCUCAAAUACUGGAACACUGCUAUUCCAAACAAUAUGUAUUUUGUACCAAACAAUCUUGUUCUGAAUGAAACAAAUGUCUUUUGAACUAAACAAUCUUGUAAACUUUUAUGACCAAUGUGCUUGUUGCUGAAGACUUGUAAUGCUGAUCCUUAGGUGAGCCGUCCAAAUGGCUGUUCAGCACUAUGAAAACAAUGUCAGCUUAUCAAAAUGCUGCAAAAGUUUUCCCUGCCUUGUUCUCUCAGUUUCACAGAGAAAUGUACAUCCAACAAAAAUGGAAAAUUGCACAUAAAUCACUGGUAGGACAAAAAAUGCUAUGAAAUAGCUAAUCGUUAUCAGAGCUAGUUUGGUCUAGUGGUUAAAGGCACCAGAAUAGAAAGUGAGAGACCGUGAGUUCAAGUCCCGCCUUAGCCAUGAAUGCCAGCUAGGUGACUUCAGGCCAAUCACUGUCUUAAAUUCAACCCAGCUCACAGGGUGGUGGUUGUGGAGAAAAUAGGUGGAGGAAGGUGUGUUCACUGCCUUGACUUAUUUAUAAAAUAAUAAAGGGAGGAUAAAUAAAUAAAAAAAUAAGGUAAACCUUUUAAUGUGUUUCUGAAAAAAUGUUUCCUUUAAAAACAGCAUUAUAUUUAUUUUGUGUCUUUUUCCCUUUUGAUACUUUAAUUUUUUUUUCUCAUAUUCUAUUUAAAAAAGCUAAAUAAAAAAUGGUUGGUCUCGGCAUUAAAUUAAUCUCAUUGGACUGUGUGCUACUAUCUCGAGCAAAACCUCUGGGUUUUAUCUUUCGUUGAAUACUGCCUGAAAGAAAACAACCUUGUUUAAUCCAGUGUGAUUGUAUUUUCAUGACAGAAUUUUUGAAACCUUUAAGUGUUAAACUUUUUAAGAACUGGGGUUUGCUUUAUGGUAAAUAAAACCAGUCAUUGUACAGAUAAA